GGGGCACGGCAGCCCUACCCUGGGGGAGGCGCGGCCGGGCCAAGAAAACCAGCGAAGGCCCGGCCCCCCAGCAGAGGCCGGACCAUGGUUGACCAGUGGCGUGAGCGCACCACCAUGGCCGACCCGCUGCGGGAGCGCACCGAGCGGUUGCUGGCCGACUACCUGGGGUACUGCGCCCGGGAACCCGGCACCCCCGAGCCGACGCCGUCCACGCCCGAGGCCGCCGUGCUGCGCUCCGCGGCCGCCAGGUUACGGCAGAUCCACCGGUCCUUCUUCUCCGCCUACCUCGGCUACCCCGGGAACCGCUUCGAGCUGGUGGCGCUGAUGGCGGAUUCCGUGCUCUCCGACAGCCCCGGCCCCACCUGGGGCAGAGUGGUGACGCUCGUGACCUUCGCAGGGACGCUGCUGGAGAGAGGGCCGCUGGUGACCACCCGGUGGAAGAAGUGGGGCUUCCAGCCGCGGCUAAAUGAGCAGGAGGGCGACGUCGCCCGGGACUGCCAGCGCCUGGUGGCCUUGCUGAGCUCGCGGCUCGUGGGGCAGCACCGCGCCUGGCUGCAGGCUCAGGGCGGCUGGGAUGGCUUUUGUCACUUCUUCAGGACCCCCUUUCCGCUGGCUUUUUGGAGAAAACAGCUGGUCCAGGCUUUUCUGUCAUGCUUGUUAACAACAGCCUUCAUUUAUCUCUGGACACGAUUAUUAUGAGUUUUAAAACUUUUAACCCGCUUCUACCUGCCCAACUGUGACCAAGUAAAUGACAGAUGUGUGAGAACAAGAACUGAGGGAAAGCACCUUCCCCCACCCCAGACGUUUUUACCUGAAUGCAUACAAGGAGUCCUGAGGUGGUGAUUUGGCCAGUGUUUUAACUUGUGACAAGUACUCAGGUGUGAGGACAAGAAUGCAAAUGGCUCUUCCUUGAGUGAAAGAAAUGGGGAGUCUAGAGCCUCUUUAUGCCAAAGAACCGCAGAAGAAACUGCAUUCCAUUAAAUGGGAAAUACAGUGCUAUUUGCUAAAACUUGGAUAAGAGUGCGAACCUCUCAUCUUUCCACAACUUCAUGUGCUGCUGACUAAUUUUAAACAUGGCCACAGCUGGGGCAAAAUAAUCCCCAAAGUAGAAAAAGUCUCAGUUUAACAAAGAAUGUAAUGUUAAAAUCACUUAUAAGGAAUUCUUUGAAACCAAAUCCUUUGAAAUCUAAUUCCUGGGACUUCUAUUUUUUUAUAGUUAACAUACUAAUUUCUUCAAUAAAUUGUUAACUGCAAAGUUUUAAUAAAUUUGUACCUUUAAAAAAAA